AUGCAACCCUUCAAGUCAUCGAUGGUCUUCGCCCUCUGCCUCCUCCUUGGCAGCGUUGUGGCAGCACCUGUACAACUACAAGCAAGAGCCGAGGACCUCAACUACGACGUUUUGCCAGGCAAGCAAAAGAACCCCGAUCAGGUUCGGGACACCGAUGCUGGCAAUGCUUACUAG